AUGACAAGUUUUGCUAAAGGAGAUAGGAAUACAAGGUACUUUCACAGUAUUGUGAAUGUUAGGAGAAAAAGGUUUGCAGGUCAAAAGAAUUUAGAAUCAGGAAGAUUCUAUCAGCAGCAGUUUUCUCAAGAAGGUGAUCCAUUAGACUUUAAUCUGUUACAACAUGUUCCUAGUAUGGUUGACCAGGAUACUAACAAUCAGCUGGUAAGAAUGCCAACUUUAGAGGAUAUGAAGAAGGCAGUUUUUGAAUUAUCUGCAGAUAGUGUUGGUGGUCUAGAUAGUAUGAUUGCUUUCUUUGAUGAGCAAACACUACCCAAGUCCAUAACACAUACAAGCCUGAUACUAUUACCAAAGAAGAAUAGCAUUGAGACAUUUGCUGAUGUGAGACCAAUUAGUCUAAGUAAGUUCAUCAACAAGGUUAUUUCAAGAAUGGUUCAAGAUAAGCUUGAAUGUCUUUUACCUUCUAUAAUAUCCCCUAAUCAAUUUGGUUUUUUCAAAGGCAGAUGCAUCAUUGAAAAUGUCCUUCUAACUCAAAAAGUUGUGACUGACAUUAGACAAAGGGGAAAACCUGCUAAUGUAGUGCUUAAACUUGACAUGGAAAAAACAUAUAAUAGAGUUUCAUGGAUGUUCUUAAUCAGAGUUUUAAGGAAGAUGGGAUUUGCAAAAGUUUUCAUAGAUAUAGUAUGGAGGUUAAUAGCAAAUAACUGGUAUUCAAUACUUCUUAAUGGCCAAGCUUCUGGUUUUUUCCACUCCACAAGGGGUGUAAAACAAAGAGAUCCUCUUUCUCCUGCUUUGUUCAUUUUGUCCGCUGAAGUGCUAUCUAGACCAUUGAACUCUUUAUUUGAGAACAAUGAUUUUAGAAGCUAUGGAAUGCCCAAAUGGAGUACAAAUUUGAAUCAUCUAGCAAAUGCAGAUGACAGAAUAAUUUUUACAUCUACAGAUUUUAAGACAUUGGAGCUGAUUAUGGGGGUAUUACAUGGCUAUGAACAGAUAUCAUGCCAACUUAUUAACAAAGCCCUAUGUGCAAAACUCUGGUGGAAAUUCAGGACAACAAAUACUCUAUGGGCAAACUACGUGUGGAUCAAAUACUACAAAAGGCACAGUCCUGAGAAUGUUCAGUGGAAAGGAGGUUCUCAAUUAUGGAAAGUAAUACUAGAGGCUAGAGAUAAUAUAGAACAUGAAAUAUGGUGGGAACCAAGAAGUGGAACUACAAAUGUUUGGUUUGACAAUUGGACAAAGUUAGGGGCUUUAUAUCACAUUGUUCCUGAUGAUUUUGUGAUAGAUAAUGGUGUUCAAGAUGUGAAAGAACAUAUGCUGCAAGAAGUUAAGGACAUAGGAAGAUUGAAGAAAUUAUUUCCCAUGGACUUUAUAGUUCAUAUAUUAGAGGAGUUACACUUUCAUGAACCAACAGAAGAAUGGGACAGGGCAAGAUGGAUGAUGACACCAUCAGACAAAUUCACAAUAGGAAUUGCAGGGGAGCUUAUUAGGAGAAAAGCAACGAAAGUUCAAAACUAUAGUAAGAGCUAUUCCAAUGGUUACCAUGUGGUAGAUAUGGAAGUGGAGGAAUACAGUUUUACAUGGUGGGGAGAUGUCCAUCAUCAAACUGAUGUUUCCAUAGUAGCACAGCCUACCAAGAUGCAUUCCUCAAAUCCUGCAAUAGCUAGAAGAAUUUCAGAUGGUUCAAACAUAGUGGCUGAACCAAUGGCAUUGCAGGAGGGUCUCAAAUAUUGUGUUGCACACAGUUUGCUACCAGUAGUGAUGGAAACAGACUCUAUGACAAUGAAAAUGAUCUUAGCAGGACAGUGGGAGGCUCCAUGGUGUAUAUCAUUGAUCAUAAAUGAUAUCUCAAGAUUGAUGAGGGAUAAGGAAGUAAAGGUGUAUCAUGUUCUGAGAGAAGGAACUGGCCUGGCUGAUUUUUUAACUAACGGUGUUUUUGAUUUUGCAGGUGUUCAUCAGUUUGACAGUAUCAGAAAGCAAGGCGAAUUCGGAACACAGAGAAGGAACAAAUACCAUACAUGCGAAUUAGGCAAGCUAAGGAUCAUCACGUCCCUAACGAUUAACAAUAACAUUGUAGUUCAGUAG